AAACAGUCGUGUUGGCAAAGCCCCCAAAUCAGUACAAAAAAAAUGGCUGCCACGCUUUGCAGCAGAGCCAGAGCCCCUUCUCCCAUUCUCUCCUCCUCCACGUUACGACGCCGUUUGCCCCUGGUUGGGGCUUUUUGCAUGCUCAGCUUCGGCCUCUCCAAUCUCUGGCCUAUCUCCUCCAAAACGGGUUCGGUUCAGUCUCUCCCUUUUGGUCCUCUCUUGAGAUCCAAGUUUAGUAGCCAAGCAUCAGCUAAUAGCAUCAAAAUGGAAGGUGGUAGUGGUUCCACUGUUCCCAGCAUUGUUGUUUAUGUCACUGUUCCCAACAAAGAAGUAGGAAAGAAAUUGGCUGGAAGCAUAGUCAAUGAGAAACUUGCUGCAUGUGUUAAUCGAGUUCCUGGUGUAGAGUCAGUAUAUCUGUGGGAAGGAGAGGUCCAGACAGAUAGUGAGGAACUUCUUAUAAUCAAGACCAGGCAAUCCCUUUUGGAUGCUCUGACACAGCAUGUCAAGGCAAACCAUCCAUACGAUGUUCCAGAAGUCAUCGCCUUGCCUAUCAAUGGGGGAAGUCUACAGUACCUGGAAUGGCUCAAAAACAGUACCAGGGACUAAUUUUCUCAAGCUUAUAACAGUGUUUAUGUAAAUACCGUUUAACUGGUUGGAUUCAUCCAACAUCAACUCUUGGAUUUGGCUUGUUUUUAUAUGUGUGUGCAUGUGAAUACAUUUUAAAUAAAGUUGCUUAUCAUAUUUGCGUUGUGGGAA